AUGCACCGCAGGUACCGAAAGUCGACGCUCCACCAGCCGGGGACGCGAAUCGUUCACCCGGGCGCGGCGGACGACGCGAUCCCCGAACAUAUCGUCUUUGGCGCGGCGACGAUCCCGUCCGAGCCCGUCGGCGACGUCAUCGCGUCGUACCCGAGCUCCGAGCUCGCGCGGUGGACGCUGGACCGGAGCGAGGACGUCUACGCGAGCGUUCGGCGGGAGCCGCUCGGGCGGGGGUACACGCGCGGGCACGCGUUGCCGGAUGGGCUCGGGACGACGAAAGGGUUCGGCGUCGACGGCGAAGUCGCGCCGACGAGCUCCGUGGUGAACGGGUUGAUAUUCCCCAAGGACACGGAGUAUCUCGCCGGGGACGCGGAGACGAGCGACGCGCAUAAGAUGUACGUCAAGACGCACGGGAACUACGCGCCGGGGGAGCAAAAGAGGCGCGAUUACGAUUGGGCCGCCGCGGGGGUCGAUCCGAACGCGACGACGUUCGGCGCGGUCGACACCGCGAAGUACGAUCAGUUUGAAGGCGUCGCGAAGGCACUGAACCCGCUGAAGGACGAGACGAUGCCGCACUACAGCGCGUCCAUCGUGGACGCGCGCGUGGAGGCGUUCAACGCGACGAACAGGGACGAGCUCGGAAAGGUCAAAAACCUAGGCCUCGGCGAGGAGAUCCCGGACGGGCACGUGUUCGGCGCGCCGUCGCGCAAGACGAUCGAGUGGGACGCCGGAAAACUCAUCAAGGGCGACUACAGCGAAGAGGCCCAGCUCCCGGACGCGGACUUGGGGAAAAGCAUGAAGCACCAAGGGUACGUGUACGAUCCGUCCGACGGAUCCGCCGCCGCGUUGCCCGCCGGCGCCGAUCCGUCGCGCGCCUUCGGCGUCCCGUCCACCCGGCGCGACCUCGCGGCGAUUCGCGAUAAGUCGACGCGAAGCGUCGCGGACGUCACCAACUACGGCGACGAGCCGAGCGCGAGCGCGAUCAUCUUUCCCCCGAACGGCGCGGACCGCGGCGUGGAGGAGGGGGAUUACCUCGCGACGUACGACGCCGAGGCGCUGCGGGCGCUUUACGCGACGACGGGCAUCGAGGUGGGGACCGAGGAGGCGUUCGCGAGCGCGUUCGAGCGCGCGAAGGCGUUGGACGGGACCCCGGGAGGGUGCACGAUCGGGACGUUUCAGAGGGUGCGGAUGUACGACGCCGCCGCGGCGAUGUGAUAUGAUGCGAUAUGACGACGACGACCUUACGAGGG